UUUUAGCAGCAACGACGCGAGUGUUCCGUGAACUGCAGCCAUUAACCCAGCGGCCCUUUACACUCGUUUUAGCGUUUGUUAGACACGCAGCUAUUUAUUGUCUGAAAACAACCGGAUAGGUUUUUAUCGUUUCUUGGCUGGCUUGCUCGCCAGUUAAAUCUAUUCGGAAUGGACCCAGCUAGCCGAUACCAAGUGCUGCACAAUGAGGAUGACUCCCCCGAGGCAUCUGUCAGCGAGCAGCCGUCAUGCUCCGCCUCACAGGCCGGAACAUCACAGGACCAAAACCAAGCAGAGAGCAGUGUUCUGCAUGCCCCUCCGCCAGCUGAGGUUUUGGGAUCAGGGGGUGCAGACGCGCCGCCACCUCCUUAUGCCUCCAUUGAUGUGGGUGCAACCGCAGCUGCUCCUGAAACCAGUUUCCAAAGUGACUUCCCAGUGCCCCCGCCCUACAGCGUGGCCACCUCACUGCCCACAUAUGAUGAAGCGGAAAAGGCCAAAGCUGCCGCCAUGGCUGCUUCCACUGUGGAAGUGAUGUCACGGGAUGAUGAAUUCCUUCCCAGAGAUGAUUUCAGCGAUGCUGAUCAACUGAGAGUUGGGAAUGAUGGAAUAUUUAUGCUGGCCUUUUUCAUGGCCUUCCUGUUUAACUGGAUCGGCUUCUGCCUGUCCUUCUGUUUGACCAACACCAUCGCAGGACGCUAUGGUGCCAUCUGUGGCUUCGGCCUCUCCCUCAUCAAGUGGAUUCUCAUUGUCCGGUUCUCUGACUAUUUCACUGGCUACUUCAAUGGCCAGUAUUGGCUCUGGUGGAUCUUCCUGCUGCUCGGUCUGCUCCUGUUCUUCAGAGGUUUUGUCAACUACUUAAAGGUCCGCAACAUGUCCGAGAACAUGGCCACCUCACACAGAACACGCCUCUUCUUCCUGUACUAACAAGUGUUUCACGCGAUCGCCAUUCCGUUCCCCAUCACCGUCACCCCCACCCUCGAAUGACCUGCCAGGGCCAUUGCUGCAGUGAAGAGAGGAGAAAGAAGGGCAGUGAAGAGUAAAUGUAGAGAGAGAAGUAUUGUUGUAAUGCAUGGCAAAUAGAAGCAUUUAGAUUUUCUGCUCAUAGCCAAGGUGUGUUGUGCCCGUUGGCCAAGAUCAUUGGCUAACGGGUGAUUCAUUCGGAUCAAGUCUUACUUCAAUCAGGGUGUUGCAGUGUGACCACCUGCAUACUUAAUAACGUCUUAUAUUUCAUGUAAUAGACUUUUAGGCAGUUUAUGAGUGUGCAUACAUCUUUUAGGCAACAGCCUAUUGAAUUACUACCAGAUCCUUGGCGUGAACAAAAUAGCGUUUUAGCAUGUCUGAGCCAAACAGUCGAGACGUUCCAUUUCUGAAUUUUUCUGUCCUAUGCAGCAGCAGCCAGACAUUUUCAUUGGAGGAAGGCUACGGACACUGCUGCACAUGUUUUAGGUGGAAUCAAAUAGAAACAGAAAUGUAACCAUCAGCUCUGGCCACAGUGGAAUCUUGUUGGUCUAACGAGCAAAAACGUAUCCCCUUGUUAGAUAUGGACGAAUGCAAAAUGCAGCCUUUUUAGUGCUAUGCAAUGUAGUUAUUUGGAAUUACUUACAAUCAUAAUUAUGGAUUAUGAAGUCCUGUGAUGAGGAUUGAGAUCCAAUGCAAACUUUGGGCAAUACAAUGACGUAAAAAUGUGACUGGCCAUGCAUUAACGCAGAUAUUUCUCUGUGUUUUUGUAACUAUAUUUAAAUUUCCUUCCAUUCUUUUCAUGGAAGUGUUUUGUGUCGAUGGGAGCAUCUCAAAUGACAUCAACUGGUAAUAUUUGCUAGAUAGGGUUAGGGCUGUUGUUCAGUGUGAUCGGCGCACAGGCGGUGUGAGUUGGUGUGAACUGGCCAAAGUGUGUAUGUCAACCUGAAAUUAAAUGUAAAUACCAGCUUGAUACCAAUUCAUAAUAUAUGCACUUUGAACUUCUGUACAGUAUAAUUUGUGAAUCUGCUUAACUUGAUGUGGUGGUUGAGAGGUUUAAAAAAAAAAAAAAAAAAAAGGCAACAGCUUUCCAUGUUUUGACUGGAAUUCUUAAUCAUGCAAAAUACUGUGUUGUUUUUUUUUUUUUUCAAUUUCUUUGCACUUUUUGCUUUU